AUGUACUACGACCCGCUGGUAGCCCUCGUCAACCUCUCCCCCGUGGAAAAGCUGAGCGACGAAACGUCCAAAAAAAAGUCGAGGUGGGGAAACAGCUCUGCAAGUACCAACAUAGAAAACAAAGUAGUGCCAAGCAAAUGGGGACCAGAAGAAACCAAGCCGUACUUACCUCUCCCCUUUGUGGAUUUACCCCCAGGGUUAAGUCCCUCCCAACUUGACCAGUUUCUCCGCGAACAGAGAUAUGACGAAUUGACAAAGAAACUAAAUAAAGGGGAGCUAGAAUAUGUAGACCCGGACAUUCGACCACCAUCUCCACCUCCUAUUUACGAUAAAAACGGAAGUAGAAUAAAUACAAGAGAAGCGAGAGUAAAAAAUUGCAUGAUUGAGGAGUACCACAGGUUGGUGGAAUACCUGCUAAAGCAUGUCGAUGGGUUCGUAGCCCCCCCAAAUUAUAAGCCAAUUAAAAAAGUAAGAAAAAUUGAAAUACCAAUUGAUAAAUAUCCUGAAUACAAUUUUAUGGGAUUAAUUAUUGGCCCUAGGGGAUGCAACCAUAAGAGGUUGGAGGCAGAGAGUGGUGCACAAAUAAGUAUCCGUGGUAAGGGUACACUAAAAGAAGGAAAAAAAACGGACCACCAAACAGAAAUUGAAGCUAAUAUGCCUAAGCAUGUACACAUCUCUGCUGACAAUGAAGAAUGUGUUGAGAAGGCCGUCAGCUUAAUUACUCCAUUGUUGGACCCCUUCCAUCCAUUACAUGAUGAGUAUAAAAAAAAGGGACUAGAACAACUGGCACUAGUCAAUGGUAUUAACUUAAAUCAGUUAGAGGCACAGCGAUGUUCCAUGUGUAACUCUACUUCGCACAUGACGUUCGAGUGCCCCGAAAAUAUGAAUCUCCAAAAUUUUAAGAAACCAGAAAUUAAGUGUACCCUUUGUGGGGACCAUGGACAUAUAACGCUUGACUGCAAGUUGGCUAAGCAUAAUAAUACCAAGGCGGAUUUGGACCCCUCCUCGGAAAAGGGCACCACCUCCGCUAACAGUGGCAUCGUUGGAAAUAUUCCAGCCCCUCCCUCUACCAUGCCACCACCACCAUACGAUAAACCGAGAGGGAUCAUGCCCUAUGGACAAACGUCUAGGACUGAGAAAAUAAAAAUCGACUUGGAAUAUCAAAGAAUGAUGAACGAACUGAAUCCAGAUAAAGAAAACGGAGACAAAUCCACCUCGAAAGAUUUGAUUAAAAAUGGAAAUGAAAAUAUCUAUGCUACGGGAGCCAAUGCGACGAAUCUGAGCACCAUCUUCCCAGGCAGCAACGCAAAUGGGAGAAGUACCCGAGGGGGGAGAGGAGGAAAGGGUAGUAAAAAUAACAAAAAUUUUAAUAACGGGAUUAUGCCUCCUCCAAUGAACAGUAAAAAUAAAAAUAAUCCAAAUCUUAUCCCCUUGGGGCAGAAUAACAAUGCUUUUACAGAUGAACUAAUGAAUGCAAGUCCGUCAUCAAACUUUUACGACUCGCACUCCAAAAAUGGGAGAAGCAAUUCUCAAAAGAAUUCUAACAAUAAGAAUUUUAAUGCAUCAGGAUCGAAUUACCAAAAUGCGAAUAAUAUUCCCAGAUGGCUCCUGGCCAGCAGCUACCCAUGGACCCACUCUAUAUGCAGGGUUUUCCAGGUAAGAAAACGAUCCCAUACGUGA